AUGGGGUUGAAAGAUCAAAUAAAAACAGUAUUGCAUCAUCUGAUACUUUUUACAGCAUGUGAAUUGGUUGCCAUGGGGAUGAGAUUGGCUGAUUCAUAUUGGUUUCCCAGUGAUAACAAAUAUGCAUGUAAUGGCUUGCCUGGUCUACAAAAAGAUUUGGAAAAAUUGAUGAAUGAUAAAACCACUGCUGAUGUUGUGUUUGUUGUCGGUAAUGAAGAGGUAUUAUAUUAUGCACAUAAAUUAAUACUUAACGCCAGAUGCCAGCUCUUUCAUGAUUUCCUUCAUUCGAAUAAUGACGACGAUGUGACCAGGUUACCCUUACCAGAUCUGGAUCCUGAGUUAUUUGGUGACGUACUGUAUUUCAUAUAUACAGGGAAGAUCCAAAUGAAAGAUUGCAAUGUGUUUGAAUUAUUAUCAGUGUCUCAGCUUCUUGGGAUUGAACAUCUGCAGUCACUGUGUCAUGGUUACAUCAUAGAUGGACUGACCAAUCACAACGCUUGUCACUUCCUGACAAAAGCUAUGCAAAUGAGCUCAUCCCAACAUAAUACAGAUGAUGUUUGGCGAUGUGUUUUGUCUUGGGCUAAACGGCAAGCCAAUGUUAACAAAGAUACCAUUGAAUGGUCAGAUGAAGACAGGAAGAAAGUGGGCCAGCAACUGUCUGGUGUAAUCAACCAUGUCAAGUUAUUACUGAUAGAUAGUUCAGUGUUUGCUGAGGAAGUUGAGCCAACUGGUGCUGUACCAAUGGAAUUAUCACUACAAAGGUAUCGCAUUGCUGCCAUGCCGACGCAGUUCGACUCAACAGAGGAUUUAUAUUUGAUGCCAAGAGUUUGCAAUAGAUUCUUUUAUGGAACCAAGCUCUUAAAUGACGAUAAAUUAAAGUACCAACGUGACCUUAACAACUGGUAUGGUAAUCCUAUUGUUGAAUGGCGAUUAUUGUACAGAGCCUCCAUGAAUGGUUAUAGUGCUGAUAAUUUUCAUGAUCACUGCGAUGGCUUCUCACCGACAUACAUUAUAAUACAGGGUAAUGAUGGGUGUAUAUGUGGUGGUUUUACUGACAUACCAUGGAGCAGUGGUGAUGGUUCUAGGGGAAAAUAUUUCGCAUCAGAAAGGACAUAUUUGUUUAGUCUAGUUAAUACAGAAGGAAUACCACCAGUAAAAUACAAAAUUAAUAAUAACAAGUUGGCAGUUUGUCAUCAUGCCAGGUAUGGACCAAUAUUUGGAGGUGGAGCUGACUUGUGCAUAUCAAGCAACUGCCAUACAAACAAACAGUCAUAUUCAAACUUUCCACAUUCCUAUGGUAAACAUGACAACAAUCCUGUCGCAAAUAUUCUGAUGGGGGAGUAUCAUUUUCUUGUGCAAGAUUAUGAAGUGUUCACAAACAAACAAACAUUCCAGGAACAGCCACAAGAAUGA